CGCUACAGUUUGAUUCGUAUACCGCGUGGACUCCAUUACGCAUAACAACAGUGUUCUUAGUUUAAGUUACCUUCUGAACCGCUUUUUAACUCAUAUCCUCACGCUUUCCUGCGUCCCUAUUUCUAUAAAUAUACCCCCCCCCAUCUUUUCUUCCUUCAACAUUUUUCUUGUUUCUUUGUCUUCAUUUUUGCCAAUCUCCCUGCUUUCAUACAAUUACUUGUCUGUAUUGUCUGAAAAAAAAAAAAAAAAACCCCAAGGGAAUGAGGACCAUCUUCUCGAAAUCUCCAUCUCCUCCUACCCGUCACCAUACUUUCACCGAGUCAUUAAUUGAAGAAAAUAUUGAAGCUGCUGAACUUAGCAUCACUAAAUGGGAUUCCUUAUAUGGCGACGACCAUGUCUCCUACUGUAACAUUGCUUCUCUUUUCUCCGAAAACAAUCGUGAUGAAGCCAAACAGUAUCUGAGUUCCAUUAAGGGUUUGCAGAAAGCUAUGCGAUACUUGGUUUCGCUUGAAUCCACUUCCGAUAAACUUGUGCGAGCUCAAACGCUGAUGCAAACCGCCAUGAAACGCCUCGAGAGGGAGUUUUACCAGAUUUUGAAGUCCAACCGGAAUUACCUUGACCCAGAGUCUGUUUCCAAUCACUCAUCUUCUAGACUAUCGGUUUCCAGGUCGAGCUUUUCAGAUUCAGAAGAAGGUGGGUCUGAGAACGAUUCCAUCCCGGAAGUGGAGAGAGGCUCGUCGGCUGUUAUUGCGGAUUUAAGAGCCAUUGCGGAAGCCAUGAUAUCAGCUGGGUACGCUAAGGAGUGUUUCAAAAUUUACAGAACUAUUCGGAAAUCGAUCGUCGAUGAAGCUCUAUAUAAUCUCGGAGUUGAAAGGAACUUGGGUUUCCAGCAGAUUCAGAAGAUGGAGUGGGAAAUUUUGGAGGUUAAAAUUAAGCAUUGGUUGAACGCUGUUAAAGGGGCGGUUAAAACGGUGUUUUAUGGAGAGAGAUUACUCUGUGAUCAAGUGUUUGCAAUUUCGUCUUCCAUCAGGGAAUCUUGUUUCACUGAUGUUUCAAAGGAAGGAGCUUUGGCUCUGUUUGGAUUCCCAGAAAAUGUAGCCAAGUGCAAGAAAACUCCCGAGAAAAUGUUUCGUAUCUUGGAUUUAUAUGAGGCGGUUUCCGACCUUUGGCCCGAGAUUGAAUCAAUCUUCAGCUUCGAAUCCACCUCGACCGUCCGAUCGACCGCCGUUAACUCCUUAAUCAGGCUCAGCGAUGCCGUUAGAACGAUGUUAACGGACUUUGAAAUGGCAAUUCAAAAGCAUUCAUCCAAAACUACAGUUCCCGGCGGUGGAAUCCACCCUCUUACACGCUAUGUCAUGAACUACAUCUCUUUUCUCGCCGACUACAGCGGCGUUCUCUCCGACAUCAUCUCCGAUUGGCCGUUGCAGAUUUCAUCACCGUUACCAGAGUCUUACUUCGGAAGCCCCGACAAGGAGGAGAGCAUUUCCUCGCCGAUCUCAGUCCGGUUAGCUUGGCUUAUUCUCGUCAUGCUAUGCAAACUAGACGGUAAAGCCGAGAUGUACAAAGACGUGGCGCUUUCUUAUUUGUUCUUAGCAAACAAUCUCCAAUACGUCGUCAACAAAGUCCGACAAUCAAACCUGAAGCUCCUCCUCGGCGACAACUGGGUGACGAAGCACGAACAGAAAGUGAGGAAGUACGCGGCGAAUUAUGAGAGGAUGGGAUGGAGUAAAGUGUUUGCCGCUCUGCCGGAAAAUCCAACGGCGGAGAUUCCGGUUGAUCAAGUGAUAGAGCAUUUCAGAAACUUCAACUCCGCUUUCGAAGAAGCUUACAAGAAGCAAACUUCUUGGGUCGUAACCGACCCGAAACUCCGAGAUGAGAUAAAGCUCUCGUUGGCCAGACGGAUCGGCCCCAUCUACAAGGAGUUUUUCGAUAAGUACGGCGGAGUGCAGCUGAUGAAAGAAAUGUGGGCCGAAACACUUGUCAGAUAUACCCCUGAUGAUUUGGGAAAUUACUGCUCCGAUUUGUUCUUUCGGAGCGGAAGUUCAGGGAGUAUUUCGUCAAGUUCAAGCCAAGGUGGUGGUUACAGUCGUUGAACCGAUAUUCUUUUCUCCUUCUUUGUGGGAGCCUGGAAAGAAUCGCCGACAACGUGAGGAAAUUUAGGGUCUUUUUUCUAAAUAAAAAUUUUAUUUGUGGAUAAAUAUUAGUAAAGAAGCUUGCAUUAUCUGACUGACACGUGUAUAGAAUUAAGCCGUUAUGAUGAUAUAUGGCACCUAAGUAAAUCAGUUGCACAAUAUAAAAUUCUUUGCUUUAUUA